AUGGGAAUCGAAGGUCAAGCGGGAUCCACGGGUAGUAGUUCAGAUGAGGAACCACUCCAACUUGUCUCUCUAUACCCUAAAGAAGAUACAGUGAAAGAAUUCACUCAAAAUCUAGAAUCUUUCUUACAAUUUUACGUGGACUACUCUCGUGUUCUCAUACAGAAAGCCAAAACGAUCAAUGAUACCAACAUCACUGAAAACUCAGAAGAGGUAGUCAUGACCGAUCGUGUAGGAGACAAUCAAGAUACUCAAGAUACAUCGCUUAUUCAAGCUGGAAGUCUUCCCUUGAUGAGCGCCGAUGUUGGAUGUAUUGGGACUUUUGUUCUAUUCAAGCAGAUGCUCUUCUCAUCAGACUUGGAUUUCACCCAGGAAUUUCCUAAGUAUGGGGCGAAACACCUGGUGGGUAUAAUGACAGAUAAUGUAAAGAAGUAUGGUGAAUGGACAGCAACAGCUGGAUUGGAGAAAAAUCAUGAGCUUCUAUUGCAAGAUAUGAACAAAGUCAUUGAAAAUGGUAUAGAAAUCAUAGGUCAAUCUCCUAAACUGACGGAUGAACAAUUAUCCAAAGCGUACGAUUCAGUCACUAAUGCAACUUACACCAUUGGUAUUCUCAAAUCUUUCCCUGAUUGUCCUGACCCAAGUGAAGAAUAUACGGAUCAAUUCCAAAAAGUCAAUCAGGCUGUUCAAGAAGCAAAUGAGACCAUGCAGACUCUCAUCUCCGACGCGGCCUCAUUCCAACGGGAGAAACAAGGUAAGAGUUUCAGUACUUUAUUCGGACCAAAAACCUCCCACGAUUACGCUCUCCCUGGGGGUUCCAUGACGCAGGAGACGGGGGAGAGUACGAUGAUGUUGUACAAUGGCAGGUUUCCGGGAGAUCAGGAAUCCGUCCCUCCAUCUGGUUGGGCCACUGGUCAGAAUAAUAGAUUCGAGAGUCUGAUCAACGCACGACGAUCUAUGUCCACCAAUAAGGGCUAUGAUGUUUUGGGCGAUGAGGAGGAACGAGAAUGA